AUUGUGCCGAUCUCGCGACUGAUAUUGCACAUUAAUUGCGCUGAAAACCAUUUUGGGAUGUUAUUGAUAAACAGUGUAUAAUAUGAUCGGUUAUUGUGUCGUGAGUGAUUCAUAAGUGACGUGUGUGCAGUAGUCCUGAUAUAAGUGGCUCAUUUUGUUAUCUGUAUUAUUUUAAUUUGUUGGGAGAGUUUCUUUGGGUGAGGACGCCAAGCGUGCCCAGGACGAGUGGGCUGCAAACACAUUCAAGAUGGGACUCUCCAUAGUGGCGUAUGUGAUUGCCGGAGUGGUCGUGUUGGCCAUCCUAAUAGCUUGUUGUUGCCGAAAGAGACGUGCUGGUGGACAGAUUAUAUCACCGCCGCCCCCCGCGCCCCCCGCGCCCGGCCAGCCGGCGCCGUACCCGCAGCAGCAGUACGCGCCCUACCCCACACAACCACCGCCUGUGACGGUGUACCCGGUGACGUCCGCGUACCCCGCGCCGGCCGCGCCCUACGCCGACCCCGGCCACCCCGGGUACCCGCACCCCGGCCCUGGUAAUCCCGGAUAUCCCGCUCACCCCGGCUACCCCACUGUCACACCGUAUCCGCCUGCGGCGCCGGCGCAACAUGCGCUGCCGCCGUCGUACGAGCAGGUGAUGGGCGCGGCGGUGCUUGCCGCGCCGCCCGAGCACGGCAAGCAGCCGCCCUACAACCCCAGCGCGCCGCCGCACUAGCCGCAUUACAUACAUCCUUUUAUAACAUCUGUAAAAAAUAUGUAUAUUCAUAUGUUCUCCCUUUAUAACAACUGUCAAAAAUAACGAGUUCAAAUUAUGGCCGCGUGUCAAAGAAUCCUUGUCGCUCUACUAUGUAGUACGUAUGUGGCCAAAAUGCGCCAGCGCGGCCGCCCGUGCUGCCGCCACACCGCGCCAUCUGGCGGACAAUAAGAACGACUAACUCUGGCGAUACAGAUCUGGCGGUGAUACCGAAAGUUGUUCAAACUGAAGCGAAUAUUAUAAUUAAUUAUAAAUGCGCAUUUACUUGACCAAUGAUCUAAAUCGUGCUAUAUUCAAAGAACUACUUACUCAAUUUUGCGUAGAUACUACUCAUGUUCUCAAUUGUGAUAUAGUUAUGUUUCUUUUUAUCGAAUAGUUUUUGAUUUCGUGUCAUGAAUUACGAUGUACCUAAACCAAAUAGGGGUACUAAAUCCCCCCGUUACAUACUGCCCGCAUAUCGCGCGCGAGGCGAUAUAUCAGCCAGCCCUAUUAGAUACGCGAUAAAUGGUUUAUUUUAUCACAUUUAUCGCGUUGUGCUGGCGCCGUGUUUCGGCUGCCGAUUUAAAUUCUACGAAUUAUUUACAAAAUCAGAAUUUCUCUUUGUGUGUUUAUCUAUAAGUUAUUAAUUAUUAUAUUUAAGUCACAACGUCAUGUGCUUUAUUUAAGUAAGAGAUUAGGUACUCGUUGUUCAUAGUAGGUAGGUACAUUUUAUUGUCGCCUCGCACUGUCAUUAUUCUUUAUAAGAUCUUUUGUUGUCUUAAAAUAUAAGAAAAAAAGUGCUUCCAAAGUUAUAAAUAACAUGUAAUACGUAAUUUUUUACCUAUACGAAUUAUUAUCCUCCGAUAGAAUGGAGAGUUUUCCAGUUAGUUCCGUCAUUAUACAUCGCUUUAGGAAAACUUUGUAUGGGAUGAUAAUUAUUUAACGUUCCCGCAUUGAAGGAAAUUAAUCCGGUAAUGUCGUCGUAAGACGGAAUGUUCUUUCGAAAUCCAAACCCCAUUGCUUAACUUUUGUGUCUGGAUAUGUUGGUACAGUUUUAAAAUAAGGUGUAAAGUAUCUACCAAAUUACACAUGUUGUAGCGAACGAUGCAAAUAAA